AAGACCAAGAUGGCCGUGAGACUCGGCGCCCUCCUCAAGAUUGCCUGGGACAAGGAGCCAGUGCUGGUCGUGUCCUUCGUCAUUGGGGGCCUCGCUAUAAUUAUGCCUCCAUUCAGCCCCUACUUCAAGUACUCCGUCAUGAUCAACGAGGCCACGCCCUACAACUACCCAGUGCCCGUCCGCGAUGAUGGGAACAUGCCGGACGUGCCCAGCCACCCCCAGGACCCUCAGGGCCCCAGCCUGGAGUGGCUGAAGAAACUGUGAGCACCUUCACUGACAGAGGCGGCCCCUCCCAUGGCUCCCAAUAAAAAUGUGCAACCC